GACAACAAGGUUUUACGCCGCACUUGAAGGUGUUAUUUAAUGUGUUACAGCAACUAUAUAAAGACCCCAUCAAUGGUGUCAUUUGCUUUUAAAUAGCUACCACUCUUUCUUCCCUUCUUCCUUCCCAUUGGUUUUACCAAAAGCACUUUCUCUUUAAUCAAUUCCUCUCUUUCAAAAAAAUGGACACAACCAACAAUCUUGAAGUUGUCCAUGAUGUUUUUCCAUACCUAAAAGUGUACAAAAAUGGUACUAUCAAAAGACUUGUUGGCACUGAAUUUGCACCAGCAACAUAUGACACACAAACUGGUGUUACAUCCAAAGAUGUUUUAGUAAAUCCAAAAACUGGCCUUUCUGCCAGAAUUUACUUACCAAAUUCAACAACAAAGUCAAAGAAACAUCCUUUAGUAGUUUAUUUUCAUGGUGGAGCAUUUUGUAUAUCUUCUGUUGGUGAUCCUAAGUACCAUGAUUCACUCACUGUGUUUGUGUCUACUGCUAAUGUUGUUCUUGUCUCUGUCGAUUACCGAUUAGCUCCAGAACAUCCUCUUCCAACAGCUUAUGAUGAUUCUUGGUAUGUUCUUAAAUGGGUGGCUGCACAUAACUUCAAACAAGGGACAGAUGUUUGGUUGCAAGAGUUUGUUGACUUUGAUAGUGUGUUCUUGGCAGGGGACAGUGCAGGAGCUAAUAUCUCACACUUUAUGGCAAUCAGAGCUGGGAAAUCAGAUGAAGAUAUAGGGAUAAAGAUUUCUGGGAUGCUAAUGAUUAAUCCAUAUUUUUGGGGAGAAGAGCCAAUUGGCAUAGAGAUUAAAGAUCAAGUAAGAAAAUCAAUGGUGGAUAAAUGGUGGGAAUUUGUCUGUCCAUCAAAUAAAGGGAAUAAUGACCCUUUGAUUAAUCCUUUUGUUGAUGAAGCACCAAGUCUUGAAGAAUUGGCUUGUGAUAGAGUUCUUGUUUGUGUAGCAGAAUUGGAUAUACUGAGAGAUAGAGGAAUAUUGUACUAUGAAUAUUUGGUGGAAAGUCAGUGGAAAGGAAAAGUAGAAAUGAUUGAAACUAAAGGGGAAGAUCAUGUUUUUCACAUUUUUAAUCCUAAGAGUGAAAAAGCACUUGAUUUGGUCAAAUGUUGGGCUGAUUUUAUUAAUGGAAAAUGAUGAGGUUGGAAGUUGGAAGCAUCGCAGUAAUCACUAAAAUUAUUCUCAUGUAAUCAAUACGUUACGAAUCCAGCUGUGGAAAUUAUCUUUUUCACGACUUUUAAUAAAUCCUUAUAAUUCGACUGUCUCUGAAGUUGAUACUAUACUUUAGGUGGUUGUUUUCAAUGUUAAAUUUGCAUAAACAGCAAUAAUAAAUAAAUUCCAUCAUUUUUA